AGGGCAAAGUCUGUGCAGCCUCCAGGGAGAGGUGGGGGCCCAGCUGGGCGGUCACCUGUCACUGAGUGGGGCAGGUGGGGCAGGGGCCAUCCUGGGCAGCAGGUGAGGGAUGACCCUGGGUGGUGGGGGGGGGGUAGAGUGUGAACCUAGGUAGUGCGGGAUGAUCCCCCAGGCAGGGGCCUGAACUCAACCCCACUAAACCUCUGUUGGCCAGUCUGUGGACUGGAGGCGGGCAGUGCCAGCUCACAGGGGACUCCUUUCCCAGGCUCUGUCACCUGCCUGGUGAGGUCCAGGUGGAGGUGGGUGGUGACUAGCCAAGGGGGAGGGAGAGGCCGGACAGCACCUGGCAGGUGCCUGAGGGACCGCAGUCCAGCUUUCUCCUUGCUGCAGCUGGCCAUCCAGCAGCCCAGGUGCCGGCCCAGCCCUGCCCUGCCCUCCCCUCAUGGGGCUGACCUGGAAGAAGGGGGUCCUAACGGCCCUGCUCGGGGCCGCAGCGGCCUCAGGCCUCACCACGCUCAUUCUCAUCCUGGUGGAGGCCACCAGUGUCCUCCUGCCCACAGACACCAAGUUCGGGAUCGUGUUUGACGCCGGGUCCUCCCACACGUCCCUCUUUGUGUAUCAGUGGCCAGCAGACAAGGAGAAUAACACAGGUGUGGUCAGCCAGGCCCUGGCCUGCCAGGCGAAAGGGCCUGGAAUCUCGUCCUAUGCCUCCAAUCCUGCACAGGCUGGCGAGAGCCUGAAGGGCUGCCUGGAGGAGGCGCUGAUGCUGGUCCCAAAGGCACGGCAUCAGGAAACGCCCAUGUUCCUGGGGGCCACGGCUGGCAUGAGGCUGCUUAGCCAGAAGAACAGCUCUCAGGCAGAAGACAUCUUCGCGGCAGUCAGCCGGGUCCUGGGCCAGUCUCCCCUGGACUUUUGGGGUGCUGAGCUCCUGGCUGGGCAGGAUGAAGGAGCCUUAGGUUGGAUUACCAUCAACUACGUCCUGGGCCUGCUGGUCAAGUACUCCUUCUCUGGAGAAUGGGUCCAGCCUCUGGAGGAGACCCCGGUGGGCGCCCUGGACAUGGGUGGAGCCUCCACCCAGAUCACCUUUGUGCCGGACGGCCCCAUACUGGACAAGAGCGCCCAGGCCACCUUCCGCCUCUACGGCUCUGAGCACAGCGUCUACACUCAUAGCUACCUCUGUUUCGGGCGUGACCAGAUGCUGACCAGGCUCCUGGCUCGGCUGGUGCAGAGCAGCCUGACCCCCCUGGUCCGCCACCCAUGCUACCACAGCGGCUACUGGGCCACGCUGUCCCCGGCCGCCCUGUAUGAGUCACCCUGUGUCCGCGCCACGCCUCCUCCAGACCCAGCCCAGAACCUCACUGUGGAAGGGACAGGGAACCCUGGGGCCUGCAUCUCCGCCAUCCGGGGCCUGUUCAACUUCUCCAGCUGCCAGGGCCGAGGACACUGUGCCUUUGAUGGGGUCUACCAGCCCCCCGUGCGGGGCCGGUUCUAUGCCUUCUCCAACUUCUACUAUACCUUCCACUUCCUGAACCUCACCUCCAAGCAGCCGCUGGCCGCCGUCAACGCCACCGUGUGGGAGUUCUGCCAGAGGCCCUGGAAGCAGGUGGAGGCGAGCUCGCCACGGCAGGACCGCUGGCUGCGCGACUACUGUGCCUCGGGCCUGUACAUACUCACGUUGCUGCUUGAGGGCUAUGGGUUCAGCGAGGAGACUUGGUCUGGCAUCGAGUUCCACAAGCAGGCUGGUGGCACCGAUAUCGGCUGGACGCUGGGCUACAUGCUGAACCUGACCAGCAUGAUCCCGGCCGAGGUGCCCGCCCAGGGGCGGGCAGAGAGCUACGGCGUGUGGGCGGCUGGAGUCGUCUUUGCGGCACUGACUCUCGUGGUUACUGUUGGGGCUGCUGCAGCCCACCUCCUCUGGCCCCAGGGCUGA